UUUUGCGUCUUUUGGCGUUUUGGGCCGCCUUUCGAUUGCGAGCGCUUGGCCUGCGUUUGCUCGCCGGAGUGCUUUCUCUUCUUGUCGAACGCCAUUGUAUGAGACUGGCAGAAUCGGUAGCGCGGGAGUCGGGCAAAGUUGAGAGAGGGCCUCGAUAAAGAUUGGAGCUGCUGUGCGAUGUUUUGCUUACAUCAACAGAAUAAGAGCGCCUUGAUGAUAUGUGAGCGACCGUAACGUACUUAUCGAUGUGUUUUGAGAUGUGAUGUCGAAGGUGAAGUAAAUAUCCCUGCAAGAAAAGUGAAAAAUCGAUGGGAAACUUACAAUUGGCGGACCCACUUUUUAGGAAGUUCAGUUCAGCUGCCGAAGAGAAGGAUGGCUCUCAGCCCGGCAGUACAAAAUGGUCAUCAGUGGAGAGCAUUGCAUUCUCAUCCAAACUGCUGGAAGAUUCACUUAUGAGAUCUUCAGUCUCGACAUGAGCAUUUAUAUGCCGUGGCUGACAACUUGCAACUGUCAUGCUAGAACCCUAACCCUUGUAUUCCCUCACCGCCUGCCGGAAACAGCUAGCCAGAAUUUCAGUUACACCACUACCUGCCCCGCGAUGCACUGAAUUUGGCAUCAAAAAAGUUCAAGCUUCAUGUAAGCCUGCAUUAAACACUCACAUUCCAACCGGCUACUUCGUGAGGUCCCAAAUCGAAUCUCACUCGACUUUCCAAUUCUGCUCACAAGAUAUUAUUCUGGAUCUAUCUCCAAUUUCCUGGAAUCUAUUACCUUACUUAAACGAAAACUCACCUUCGGUAACACACACAUUGCGGGGUUCAUAUUUCUGCCAGAAUGGGAAAAUCGUCAAAAGACAAGCGCGACGCCUACUACCGGCUCGCCAAAGAGCAAGGAUGGCGCGCCAGAAGUGCUUUCAAGCUCCUCCAGUUGGAUGAGGAAUUCAACCUCUUCGAAAAUGUCACCAGAGUUGUAGACCUGUGUGCUGCCCCGGGCAGUUGGUCUCAAGUUCUCUCCAGAGUCCUGAUCAAAAAUGAAAAAUUCGGCCGCUGUGCCUGGGAAGACCGUGAAGCCCAGUUCCGUCAGAGGAUGCUCAACUUAAUCCCAUCAGCGUCCUCCCAAGAGGACAGCCAGCAAGAAACGAAGCAAGACGUUGGAAUGGCCAACACACAAGAUGAAACCACCGCCAGGCCAGACGUCAAGAUCGUCUCCAUCGAUCUCCAGCCCAUCAGCCCCCUCCCGGGCGUCAUCACCCUCCGAGCCGACAUCACCCACCCCGCCACCGUCCCCCUUCUCCUCAAAGCGCUGGACCCAUCUUACGACCCCGAAACAUCCACCAACCAACAAGCCCAACACCCAGUCGACCUCGUCAUCAGCGACGGUGCUCCUGAUGUCACCGGUCUACACGACCUCGACAUCUACGUCCAAUCCCAGCUCCUCUUCGCCGCCCUCAACCUCGCCCUCUGCGUGUUAAAACCAGGCGGGAAGUUUGUCGCCAAAAUUUUCCGCGGCCGCAACGUGGACCUCCUCUACGCCCAGCUCAAGGUCUUCUUCGAGAAAGUCCACGUGGCCAAGCCAAGGUCUUCCCGUGCGAGCAGUGUGGAGGCGUUCAUCGUCUGCAUCAACUUUCAGCCGCCAGAGGGUUUCAAGGCCAGCUUGGAGGAGCCCUUGGGCGUGGGUAGCCGGCUGGCUGAGUUGCAAGAGCAACAGCAAGACCCCAUCUCGCAGGCUGAGCCAUCAAAAGCGGAUGAUGAUGGUAUCACUGAGGUUAUCCUCGAGGACCUUUCCGGAAGCGAUAACAAGAACAGAUGGAUAGCCCCUUUCAUCGCCUGCGGUGACCUUUCGGCUUUCGAUUCUGAUGCCUCUUAUAAGCUCGCAGCCGGUCACGUUUCUCUGCCUCCUGUGCAACCACCUACUGCGCCGCCUUACAAACGGGCUAUUGAGUUGAGAAGGCAGAAUGGAGGUGCCUAUGGGAAGCCGGUAGUUGCCAAAUAGUCAGCCACAAAAGCAUCACAUGCCAAG